AUGUAAAAUCCUAGUAUCCUGAAUUUGCAAUAAGUGAAAUAGUUUUAAGUUAGAAGACCUUAAAUAACGAAGGGAUCUCCUUUGUUAAAAGGUAACUAAGUUUAGAUAGCAGGUAAAGUUUUGAUAAAUGGGAUAGCAAACAUUCGUAAUUAAAGCUUAUUAAGUGAUUAACCUUAGCACCUAAAAAUAAAGCAACAAGAAGAACAGGAACUGUAAUGAUUAAUAAUUAUUUGUUUAGAGGUAUACAUAAUCAAUUCGAGAGAAGAAUACAAAAGUAAAACUAAUUUGAUCUAAAAUAAUAAGUAAUAUUUAGUUUAUAGAUUUUUAGGAUAAUAUAUUUUAAUUGAAAUUAAGUAAUGAGCAUUAAUUGAAUUAAUUGAAUAUGCAAUUAAUAAAGAAGAAUAAAAUUCUAAGCAAUAGACUUCAAUAAUAAUAUAAAGUAUUUAAAUAAUUGAAAAAAGAUUAAUGAAUCUUUUAUGGAAUAAAUUACUAAAUUGCAAGAAACUAAUUAGGCUUAUGAAUUAUAAAUUCAUCAUUUAGAAGAGAAAAUAAAAAAAUAGAAGUCAAAAAAAAAGUAAUUGAAAGAAUAGAUUGAUCAAUUAUAAUAAGAAUUGGAUGAAAUGUAAGAGAAAUAUCAAAAUAAUUCUAAUCAAGAUAUGAAUUAAGAAGUAUGAAUUUAUUUUAGUUAAGGAUGAAUAAUAAUAAUAGUAAUAGAAUCAUAUUCCUCUUUCAAGAUAACAAUUAUAUUAGUUAAUGCAAUAUCUAUACUAAGGAGAUUAGUAAUAGUUAGAACACCUCCAUGAAUAUUAAGAUUAAGAGAUUGAUCCAGAUGCCAUGACUUAUGAACAACUAUUAGAAUUAGAAGAAUAAAUUGGGUAGAGUUACUGAUUAAAUUAGUAAUGUGCCUAAGGGACUAACGAAAUAACAAAUUAAGUAAUUACCAAAAAGAACAUUGAAUUAAGAUAAUAUACCAGAAGACAAGUAAGAAAUAGAAUACUAUUUAUAGAUGUUCAGUAUGUUUAUUCGAAUUUAAAGAAGAAGAGAAGGUGAGAGAAUUACCUUGCAAACACAUAUAUCAUUCUAGUUGUAUAAAAAAUUGGCUGUAGAAUAAUAAAUAAUGUCCAUUAUGUAAAACUGAAAUCGAAAUCUAAAUAAAUGAAAGUGAUGAAUAACUAAAUUAAUAAGAUGAACAAGAUUAAUAGGAUGAAUAAUAAGAGGAUUAAGAUUAACUGUAAUCAGAAAUAGAAUGA